AUGCCUCCAAAGAUUGAACCAGAGGAUGUGGCGUUAUCCGGCAUCAAUGCGAGUCUUACGCAGUCGUUGGGGAUUCCUGCCAACAACACCUCCUCAACGACAUCUGGUUCCACUGAUUUUGUGAAGAAGCUCUUUCUGAUGCUUGAGGACAACUCCUACGAGACGAUUGUGCGGUGGACGAACAAGGGGGACUCAUUCGUGGUGUUGGACACGAACGAGUUCACGAGGGAGAUCCUCCCGAGACACUUCAAGCACUCCAACUUUGCGAGUUUUGUCCGCCAGUUGAACAAGUACGACUUCCACAAGGUGAAGAUGACCACCGAGGAGAAGCAGCAGAACGAGUACGGCGAGAGCGCGUGGGAGUUCAAGCACCCAGACUUCAAGAGACAUGACCGCGAGGCACUAGAGAGCAUAAAGAGGAAAGGCCCGGUGCAGAAACGUGUCAAUACAGACGAUACCAAUGCUGAGGCCAUUGCGAAGCUCGAAGAGAGUGUGGCUUCGUUGAAGAAGGAGAACAAGCACUUGAUCAGCGAGAUCAAGGCCAUCAAUCAGAAGUAUACGACGGUGAUUGAAUCGAUCAUCAACGUCAAGAACACCAACGACCGCUACUUCAGAAGUGUGAAUACCCUUGUGAAUACGUUGGUCAACCAUGGGAUAAAGAUGCCGGCGUUGGACCUGCCGCCAAUAGACUCGCCACAGAUAACACUACAACAAGUACAGCAGCAGGUGCAACAACCGCAACAACAACCGCAGCAAGUCCAGCAACCACCACAGCAACCUUCACAGCAAGCCGCCUCAAUAGUACCGUCUAGCGCUGGGCAAGCUGGUUCUGCUGCAGUUCAAAAGCAAUCUCCAAAGAUCUCACACUCUCUGCGCUCUGGGUUCCACGUGCUAUUAGUCGAGGAUGAUAACGUUUGUAUACAGCUGUGUCGGAAGUUCUUGGAGAAGUACGGUUGUACCGUUGAGGUUGUGUCUGAUGGGUUGACUGCCAUCAAUGCGCUUGAGAAAUCACGUUAUGACAUUGUUCUCAUGGACAUCAUCAUGCCAAACCUCGACGGAGCAACUGCAACGUCGAUAGUGAGAAGCUUUGAUAAUAGAACACCAAUCAUUGCGAUGACUGGUAACAUUGAAGACCAAGAUUUGGUCACUUAUCUACAACACGGCAUGAGUGAUAUCCUCGCUAAGCCGUUCACCAAAGAUGACUUGUACUUGAUGCUCGAAAAGCACCUAAGUACCAGAACUCCGCUGUCGUAUCAACAAGGCACACCGCAGCCCAGUAGCGUUGUUACUGACGUUGGUGUGAAUAUGGGUGUGACUGUAAACAGUGCUGUUCCUGGUGUUCAGCUGAAUGCUCUCUCCGGUGUUCAAGCCCAAGAUCUCGUCCAUGAUGAUGCUCCCUUGGGGAAAAGACAAAAGCUAUGA